GAGCGCCCCCCGCGGCGUGCCACCCCAAGCACGCACUUGGCCUGCUGGGGCCUGGAGCCAGCCCUGGACAUUGCUAUGCAAAUAUGAAGAGCCAGAUAGACAUUAUUAUUCCUCCCCCUGAGCACCCGCUAGCUAAAAAAGACUCCAACUUUCUUCUUAACCAAGUGUGCUAUCUAGGGUGACAGAUAUCCCGAUUUUAUAGGAAGAGUCCCGAUAUAUGGGGCUUUUUCUUAUAUAGGCUCCUAUUACCCCUGACUCCCUGAACCGAUUUUUCACACUGGUCAGCCUAGUCAGACAGCAAAUAUGAAAAAUCGGGACAGGGGGUGGAGGGUAAUAGGAAAAGACCCAAAAAUCGAGACUGUCCCUAUAAAACCAGGACAUCUGAUCACCCUAUAUCGGCCCCUGUGUUCAGUGAAUACCUGCUGCUCCCAUCCCUGAUGGUCCCACUUGUUCACAUACAUCCGUCACACGCUGACUCCUUGUCAACCAGGGGCAGGUUCACAGAGCUUUUCACCCGCCUGUGGCGGCGCUGCACGGCCCCCGGCGCCCCACACCGAACCCUGGGCUCUAGCUUCAGCUUCCUACUAGUUCACUGCAUGGGAGCCCGGCGCCCGCUUCCCCGGGGCGCGCCGGAGCCUGAGGGGAGGGCGGCGACCCUGCGCGUUGCGGCGGUCAGGCGCGGGAGGGCAGCGGAGGCACCCCCUGGGGCGCGCGCGGAACGACUUGCGUUGACUUUCCGCGGGGGCGGGGAGAAGUGAGUCGCUCGAUCGCCACGUAACGAAGCGCAUGUACAGAAGCGAGUAAGUUUGAGCUGCCACAGCCUCCGUAGUUUUCGCGACGUGUUUUCCUCGUUCUGUGGAAUUCCGUGUCCGUUCCUGUCAGGUUUUUAUGGACGCCCUCCCGGCCGUGCUGGGCGCCGCUGCCCUGUUGCUACUGCUGCUCCUCACUGCGCGGCUUCUCCUAGCGAGGCGGAACAGCAGCCCCCGGACAGCUCCCCUCAGCCUCUUGGUGGUGGCCGGCUCCGGAGGACACACAACAGAGAUCCUGAGGUUACUCAGCAGUUUGUCCCAGUCAUACUCUCCUCGACAUUACAUUUUUGCAGAUUCAGAUAAGAUGAGUGAAGAUAAAAUACGUACUUUUGAACAAAAAAGAGCUGAAACUUUCUCCAAUUCCCAGUUCACCCUUAAUCGUAUUCCCAGAUGUCGGGAGGUGUGCCAGUCUUGGAGCUCUUCAGUACUGACAACACUGUACUCCAUACUUUACUCCUUUCCUUUGACUUUCAGACUAAAGCCAGAUUUGAUAUUAUGCAAUGGACCAGGAACAUGUGUUCCCAUCUGUAUAUCUGCCCUUCUUCUUGAGAUACUGGCACUAAAGAAAGUUAUCAUUGUGUAUGUGGAGAGCAUCUGCCGAGUGGAAACUUUAUCCCUGUCUGGAAAAAUUCUUUACUACUUUUCAGAUUACUUCAUUGUUCAGUGGCCUGCUCUGAAAGAAAAAUAUCCCAAGUCUAUAUAUCUUGGUCGAAUAGUAUGACAACAAAAGGCAAUUUUUAUUUAUAAUGAAUUCACAUUUCUACAGGUAGCUCCUCUUUACAGUUAAAGGAUAUUUAUUUUUUCCACAGGUUCUUGAUUUGAAAUUUACUGGUUGUUGCAAACCAAAUGUGUAAGUCAAACAGCCAAGACUUGAAAGCAGACUGCAAUAAAGAGUUACAUUAAGAAAAAAACAUUUCUGCAUACAUAUUUAUUGCCAUCAUGUGAAUUUAUUCACCAGCUUCCCUUCACACUUGUAAGGGAAUAGCAUUGAAUCUUCCCAGUGCCUGGUUUCACCUAAUUGUCUUGUGACACAAACAGGAAGAUGUGUCUACAAAUAAAUAUGAGAGUUUGUCAAUUGUGACAUUUCCUAUAAAGGAUACUUUCUGUAGUAUUCUAAAGGGUAAGAAACAUGGUCUUGUUUUAAUACAACAGACUGUUUCCUGUAUGCAAGCAGCAAAGUCCCUAGCGAAUCUUUGGAAUAUAAAGAAAAUGGUUAUAUUAAGUAGGUUUUAUUACAAUUAGCACUCUACAGUCUUCCAAAACCUUGGACAUUAAACCAGCAUAAUUUUUCCUCUUGAUUUGUCAAAGCUGCUCCUACUAUCCAAAAACAUACCUCUUGUUUAAAUUAAGAUAAAUAAAGUGACAAACAUCAUGAGACAGAUGCAGUAUUUGUAUAGUCAAAAGAUACAUGCUUCAAAAUGUACAUAAAAAUAUCCUUCGCAGCUUUACAUCACAGACAAAACUGUCACCGUGGAACAUUGAGCUGUUUUGGCCCAGUUUGCUGCCACAUGUGUAAAGACUAAAAUGAGUAUUAAUGAUGGUGACAGAAGUGGGGGGGAAUACCUCUCUCGCUUGGCGAAUUUGAUUUCUGUAUAUUUUGUUUUGUCUGUUUAAGAAAAGAAUCUCUAUUUCAGCAGUACAAUGCACAUUUAAUAAAGAAGGGUUUUUUUGUGGAAAAUGGCACUUCAUAUCAGGCAAAAUUUAAAAAUUUAUUUUGUGGGAGAAGGAAGUAUGUGUAAGUGUACUUUAGUCUUUCAAGUUCAUCUGACAAAAUGUAGUCUUAUACAAAGUUCCAUGCAUAAAGCAAUAUAAACAUCCGUCAUCUGUGUAUAUACACACACGUAUGUUUCUGGCUAGAGAAACACAUACAGGGAAGAAAGCUCAUAGAAGAGUGGAAACAGCUUCAUGGAGACUGUAUGAACUGACUACAAGGAGGCUAAGCAGCAGCUCCUCAAGCAACCAUGUGAGGAUAAAAUUCUGAGGCCUUUUCCACUACACCAGAGGUCAAAAAUGUCAUGGAGGUUAUUUUGGUAACUGGAGCAGGAAUUGGUUUGUUUCCACAGAAAUAGUGGUGCUACUUUUUGGAAAUAAAGGUGCGAAGGGACAUUUAACCUGUUCCCUGAAAAAAUGGUAUCCUGGUAUGCCAAGUCCUGUAUGAGUGCCAGGUGUUGUAUCCCAUCAGCAGGGUUAAUAAUUCUUAGCUGGGGUAGGAAUAUACUUGCAAAGAUUCCAUUAAUUUGGUCACAAAUGUGUUUCAGAACCCUCUAUAUUUUACAGGGUCUUAACAUGGACAAUGACUAACAUGAAAGGAAUGCCAAUGGAUUAGAGAUUUGUAUGAAGACAUCUUUAUGCAGUUUGUAUGAAUCACCACUUAGGUCCUUGAAAAUGACCUGAUGUGAAUUAUGCUGAUAUGUGUAAGUUUUUCCCUUACUAACUGGAAUGAGGACCAUGUUAUCAGGACUUUCUGCACAGUUGUAGAUUAGUAAGAAGGGAGAUGCUGUUUUAUUAUGGCUAAAACCACUUUGUUUUAUAGACGCAACACCUAACUUAUUCUGUGAGCUGGAUGGCACCCUCCACUGUAGUAAGGCACUCAAGUGGAGGGGGGAAAAGAGGGCAUAGGGACCCUCUUCCUCUACUCUCUCUAAAAACAGCAGUGCAGGCUCUCUCCCUAGAGCAGCAGUCCCCAAACUUUUGAUGGUUAUGCCCCCCCCCAUCCAUAUCAACCACCCCCCCAGGGCCAGGAGCAGGCCACAGCUCUAGGGUGAAUGGGGGGAAGACAUGGAUAGAGACUGGUAGUGGGGCUGGGGUCAGGCCAGGAUUGGAGCCAUUCCCAGGCUGGGGAUAGGGCCAGGUGUUGCGGUGGGAGUGAGGGAUGUGUCAGAGUGGGACAGGAGCAGAGCUGGGGGCAGGGAGUGGCUCGGUGAUACUCUUCCAUCCCCCCUCCCCCCGUGGGGGCUGGCCUAGGUCUUGCUAUGCCCCCAAACAUUCCUCCAUGGCCCCCAGGACUGUGUGCUCCAAACUUUGGGGACUUCUGCCCUAGAGCUUAAAAGCCCACAAAAGGACUCAAUGAAUGUUCCCUCUUAUGCACCAUGUCCUCAAGGCAGUAUGGUCUGAUGACCAGAGGAUAGGUUGUGUGCAUGUGUGUGCACACCACACACACGAUCAUGUACUGCUGGGGUCACAUGCUGUUCCUAUUUAGAGCAGCAGAAAACUGAACCCCACCACACCUCUGACAAGCUCACCCCAUGGAAUCCUCUGGUGAGUAGGAGUUGUGAAUUGGUGGGUGUAUUAUGAACAACCUUGUUCCGUUUCCAGCACUGCCCAGGGCAGGAUUUUGCCCUCUGUGUGGGUCAUCAAAUCCUGUUUGGAUGAACUGUGAGAGUCUGCCUUUAAACAGGACCAUAGUUUCAAACAAUGGUAUUCAUCUGCACUUUAAAUGAGAGUUCUUGGAAUUAAAGAAAAUCACUAGCCUCUCUCUACUUGAAAAUUCCCCUCUAAAUGCUCUGGUGUAUAAGAGGUUCACUCCAGGUUUUCAUGAAAAAUGAACUGCUUCAGUCUCUAGGCCAGAUGUUGAGGAACAUCAUCUUCUUCAAACUGCUUAAGACAAGUCCUUGCUUCCAGUUCAGUUGCCCAGCUUACAGGAGAGUCAUGCCUCCAGCUAUCUUGAAAAGAACAACAAAGGCUUUAGUAAAACCCUGCUGCACAGUAUCAGGAAUGUCCCAGAAGUCUAAAGCUAGAACUGCAUGAAGAUGACAGCCAGGAGGGGAAAGAUCCCAGCUUAACUUUGAAGCCUUCAACAGAGAUUGCUUUAGUAAUCAUACCAGCUCCAGCAAAGAGUAGUGUACAAAUCUUUUCAAAGAAAGACAAAAAACAAACCAAACACAAAACAUCAAAUGACUGUUCUAGUUCUCAGAAAACCCUGCAGAGCUGAAGUAUAUGAGCAUUCUCACCUUUUGUUUGUAGUACAUGGGUAUAACCAAACAAUUGUUUUUAAAGAGCUUGUAUCAGUUGUCCUACUUCCAUUAGUGCUGCCCCAUGACUUCAGUGGAGUUGAAUGAAGGUAACAGAGGAAAGUGUGCCCUAUUUGAUCUCAUCUUUAUAGAAAAGUAGUAUUCUUUUCAGAAAAGUAGUAUUCUUUUCAAUUACUGUCUUAAAUAGCUGUCUCUUUUUAAAAUUACUUAUCUGCCUAUAUGCUUGCUGGUUAGUAAUCAUCCAUGUAAGACCUCUGCAUCUUCUCUUAUGGAUGGGAGGGAACAGUAAAUUACUAUAUUCUGGUUUAGCUAAUGGGUUACAGAGAAGCAGACACAGCACAAUUUACAUUCUGUUUAAAUUAAGUAUGGGUGAUGACAUAUGCUUAGUGGCUGAAGCCAGUAUGUAUGAUAAACCAAAGUUAAUAAUAUGAAUAGCAGGUUUUGGAUUGAAGUAAUAAAAAGAGGGAGAGAGAGCAAACUAUAACAACAACAUUUAACCAAACUGGAAAAAGCCUAUUUCAGAUCCUAAUUAUACUUACAGUAAGCUCAAGGACAGAUUUCAAUAGAGAGUUUGGUAUAUUUGUAAAAUGGGUGUCACUUUCCCACCAUAAACCCUAUUUAAAAAAGAGUUUAUCAGGUCUUUGCGGGGGGGGGGGGGGGGGGAAGAGAAGCGGGAGAAAGGGAGCUCUAUAUGAGCUUAGCCUUCAUUCCUCAGUCAAGUCCCUUUGUGCUAUUUGCAAAAUUCAUCCAGAACUAAAGGCUUGAUUCUACUGUCCUUAGGCAAAAAUCCAACCAAAAAAUUGAAUUGAGGAGCUUCAGAAGUUUAUUCAAAACUGUGACCAAGAUGCAGUCUCAGGAAAGACUCCAAUGGAAGCCAGUGGGAAUUUUGCAGAAGUAAGGGCCUCAUAAUCAAGCCCUCAGUUUGAUCAUCAAAAACUGAUAUGCCAUCUGCAUGUGUACAUUACUGAUUAUCAAUCAGUGGGAUGUUUGAUUUAAAUUUCCAAGGCAAGAUUGAAAAAUGGCCACUUUAAGAAACUCAGUGUUUCAGAUUACAGUUCUGUUUCUAGUAUUGUUUAGCAAAUCAUUGGAAGAAAGUACAAAUACUUCAAACUUAUUACAGGGAUUAUUUGUGUGUGUGUGUGUGUACUUGUACGUACACGCAUGUGCAAUUGCCUAGAUUUGUACCUUGAGGUAAGCCGGAAGGUCAAAAUGGAGGCACCUGAGAAAAAUUAAGCGAAUAUGAAAUAGUGAAUGAACUUUCACAGAGUCUCUUAAAUUGAAGUGCUGUACACAGUAAAUGCCUGACAGACAUUAAAAUCAGAUUACACACUUCAUAAGUGUUAGGAGGAGUCAAAUCUGUGUUACAUUUUGUAACAAUCCAAUAAAAAUUAAAAGACUAUCAAAUUAUUCCUUUGUUUGGAGCGCUGUUGCAUAUUUUAAAAUGAAUGGAUAUAUGCAGUAAACAUUUCUCAGUUGUUUUUAGCAGCACUAUAAUUGUUCAAUAGCAUAGAUUAUGUUAGUGUUUUUUCAGUGAUGAGCUACUAAUCUGGACAAAUGGAUGAGUCUUCUUCAUCUGAGGGAGAGGCAAAUGGUAACCAAUCCAGAUGCAGGAUUUUUACAUUCAGGCAGUUUUCCUCUCUUUAUGCCCGUUUAAUCUUUCUCUGCUAAAAUGCCAGUCAUGAUGCCAAUUUAUUGCUCUGAAUUUUGGGAUGCAAAUACAGAAUAGAUGAGUUCACUAGAAAUUAGAGGCCACUGCACCAGUGGCACCAAACAGCAGUAUCAAAUGGUAAUGAUCUUCAGUCACGACUGUCUUGGACUGGAUUUGAAUUUAAGACCUAGAGAUAAAAGGCUGUAUCCCCAUUCUGAGUUCUGUAAGACAUCAAUUCUUUAGGGUAAUCUUAAUGAAAAUUUUUCACAAUUCAGAGCAAGUAGUAUUUAAAUUGUGGAAAAGUUGUGACAUCAAGGAUGUAUUGUAUGAAGUGACUACAACAGGAUCACUCAAGUUUAGCUAAUUAAUGGAACAGGAUCUGCACAUCGUGUUACGGGGGAAAAAAGACACCAAUUCAGAUACUUCACUAUGGAAAACAAAAGGGUUUUCAAAAUUGUGUGUUCAAAUAAAAUUUUAUUCUUUGAUGGUUUUGGCACUCAUGAAAAUUAAGAACUUCUAUACUGGUUAAAGCAAGUCAGCACAAACUGCAAGCUCACCUAAUGCAGCUCUGACUAACUGUUUCUCAUUCAUGGUCUUCAAGAUCCUUGAUAUCACAGUUCUGGCCCAGUUCUGCGUUGAGACUGGUGUUUGAGGUGGGUAAAGACAGCAAAAUGGAAGUGAUUUUGAUUGUCAGACAUAAGGAUUUGAACCCAGAUCAAUUCUGCUCUUCAUCAGCUUGCUUUGCUUCCUCACAAUAAGAAUGAUAAUCUUCUGACAGGAAGUGUGAGCUCAAGCUGUACUUUGCUCUAAGAUGAAUUCUGAUUCAGCACACCCUCGUCUUGAAUUCUUGUGCAACAUCCAGUUUCUUGUGAGCCAAAUCCAUGAUUUGUUUCUUACAAUAAUUUUAUGGGUGGUACAGAAGUUAUUAUUCAUCCCCAGCAACACAGUUUAUACACUGCAGUGAGUAUUGAAGGGCCAAGAGCAGCCAAAAUGCAGUAUAGAUUUACAACAGCUCUUAGCUUAGGAAAAAAAACAAAACAAAAACACAACACCUACAACCCACAACAACCCCCCCAUGCCUUUUCCAACUCAAACAAUGUAAACAUCACACUAUACAUUCCAUAAUCCUUAUAGUGCAAAUAUGAUUCAGUGUAAUAUUAUUUGUUCCAUAAAGAACUAAACUCUAAGAAAAAUUUAUAUAUAUAUUAUGCAGACACCCCUUUCUCUUGGUAUAUUCACCUGUAUUUGUUAUUAGUAAAUUUUUUAUUCUUAAUGAUGUCAAACAGACAUUAGAUAUCCACUGAUUUAGGGUAAGCUUUUUUUUACUCAGUGAAAACAUGGGAUCAUAUCAGUUUCCUGAUAGCGUUAUUAUCUUUGCUCAUACACAAACUUAGAGCUGGAAUGAAAGUGCCUGAGGUACCCAUCAUUUCUUUAAAUGAAUUUGGAAUGUGGAGCCAGAAGUGAUAUUUUGCGAGCCAUUCUGAAUAAAUAGUGUUACUUUGGUGUGUAAUAUUUUGAACAGUGAGUUGGUAGUACUGCUCAUAUCGUUUGGCAUUUCAGAGGAAUCAUAAUACAAUCCUCAUGGGUAAUAUAAUAUGCAUUUCAGUGAAUCUAUUGCAGAUUGCUAUCAAAGGCUCUAGCCAGUCUGCUUCUGAUAUUUCUGUAUCCAUGUCCUUGUGCCAAGCUUGAGGCAGAUGAUAGAUUUCAUCCAUAGCAUUUCAUAGGGAAGAUAUAAGAGUUGGAAAUCAAAUGUUUGUGAUAUUUUGUAUGUUGAAGGUGUAACUCUGUCUGUUGUAUGAAAUGAGAAUAAACAGCUGGAUCAAGAUCUGGUGUAGAGUCUCUUAAUUGUAGGGACAUGUGAAAUGGCUUUGUUUCUGUAUUUGUUUCUUAUGCUCUCUGAUCUUCUGAUCAGAGAGCAUAAGAAUAUUGAGGCAUCAUUCAAAAGGAUUAUAAUCCUUUUAUCUCAGAUUUUUUAAAGUGUAUUUUCAGCUGCAGGGUGAAAUUGAGAAAGAGUCUAAAGCAUUUUAAAGACUCAUUCCAUAAAGGACAGAAGGA